CUUCGCAGGUGUGCUUGUUUUCGUCGUUGUUUCAAUAAUAAUCUCUCAAUUAAUACUUAGUACAAAUGUGAAUAUUUUCUGUAAGUUAUUAAAAUAUAGGUUAACUUAGUAACAAAGUUGUUUACGCUCAGUUUGAUUUACAAAAACACUUCCAUGUAGCUCCUUACCUACUUCAGAGAUCAAAGUUCGAAGUAGGCCUCUACUAUUAAUUACCAGAAAUAUAUAACUAAGUACUUUUGUUGGUGAAAGCUGAAUAUUUGCGAAAUAUAUUUUUUUUAUCAUGAGAACGAUCGUAUAUCAAACGGACUCUAGUCCACCGGCCAGGGCAGUCAAAAUGAUUCUCUAUAUCCUGGGAUUAGAGUUUGAAAUUCGAGAAAUGAAUCCGUUGUUGAGGGAGCAAGACGCACCGGAAAUGAGAAAGUACGGCAAUCCAGAACAUGAAUACCUUUACCCUAAAGACAUGCGAAAAAGGGCAACUGUCAACCAAAGGCUGUUCUUCGAUUGUGGAAUACUCUUCCAAAGACUUAGAUCAAUAAUGGCACCUACGUACAUGGGCAUAAUGACAGAAAUGCCUAAAGAAGUGAUAUUGGGAAUAAAGAACGCUUACCGCAUGCUAGAGGAAUACCUUUCGCAAUCCACAUACUUGGCUGAUGAGAACAUGACUAUCGCCGACGUUUGUGCUGUGGCCACCGUCUCUUCGCUCGAUGGGAUGUAUCCAGUGGAAGAGAAAAGAUACCCGAAAACGAGAAGAUGGCUGGACACCAUGUACAAUAAGGAUUUCUGCAGAAUCGCCAACCAACCCGGCUGCGAGCUGCACGUUGCUCAUCUUAAAUUCGCUAUGGAGAAUAAUAAACUCAACAGGAAAGCUAAACUGUGAUUCCGUCGAAAAAUAUAUAGAUCUACAAUAGUUUUCAGUUCACAAGCGUUUGUGCUUUCGUGCUUACCAUACAAAUAAAUAUUCGACCGGAUUACUUUCUGUGUGCUCGACCUUUUGUAGUACAAUAAGUUUACUGCAGGCC